AUGGCGCCCCAUCAAUCCUCCUCUAUGAGCCCCCACAAACUGCAAGGUCACGCCCGUACCGAAACGCAGGAACCACCACACAUUUUCUACCCCCAAGGAGCGACGUGUCAGCCCUUGGAGACUGCAUUACCACUACAACAAUAUCACGCUCAACAAGUACAUCAUCUACCCUGGGCCCUUGUGGCCCAAAGCCCGAGUAUGCACAUCACACAAUCAACACCUCCUCUGUCCUUCGAUUCAUCACCCGACCAAAACUCCGAGAUGGGAGGCUCGGCACUAGACUUUGACAUUUUAAACAAUCUCAGCUAUUUGGACGACUUUGAAGGUAACAGCUACGGGAACUUCGACUACAACAGCUACGGCGGCUUCGAGUACGAGAGCUACGACGACUUGGUCUUGUUUCCAACAGACCAAAGUUUCAUCCAACCGCCAUUCACCAAUGCUCAUAUGUUCCCAGCUCUUGACUCACUGUCGCCGCCAGACAGUCUUGUUCCUUUGCCUCAACAUAAAUAUUGCUGCGCUGACUGCACAGAGUCCUUCGCACGCCGAUGUGAACUCACGCGGCAUGAAUUCAAGCAUACAAAACCAUUUCAAUGCCCGCAAUGCCGCCGCCCCUUCGCCGAGAAGCGACGCUGCAUUCAGCAUGUUCAAGCAGUGCACGGCCUGGCGACGGAGAAGGACAAGGUCAAGUGUCAUUUGUGCCAGUACGCCCGCGUCCGGCCGGACGCGGUGAAGAGACAUAUGAGGCUGAAGCAUGGGGUUGGCGAGAAGUCCGAUUGUUCGCCUUCCACCAUAGGAUCAGGAGAGCAAUCUGGUGCAGAGGAUCGACCGCGGAAGGGGAGGAAGUGA